CCAGGUGGCAAAUCAGCAGGACUCGAGCUUUUCUUAUUCAUUCUUUAUCAUAUAUAUAUAAGCGUAGGAUUGUAUCGAGGUAAGGAAGAAAUAAAAGGUGACUCUUGUUACCAUCGCGCCAUUUCCACCCCAAACUCAGUCGUCCGUGUCAUGUGAUUCGAAGCGAAACUUUGGACCAGAACAAGAAGACACAUCGAAAUCAUCAACCAAGUUGCACCUUCAUUUCUAGACGAGAUGAAGAUAGAAAAGUCAUCGUAUUUGACGCUGGCCGUCCUCACGGCAAUCAUUUUGCUGGUCCAUCCUUACAUCGCAGAGACCAACAAUCUACUAAAUUCUGGACAUCUUCUGGAAAAUUCCGAGUCAGAAUCCACCUGGAUAGAUCAUCGAAUCAACGCGACUUCCAGCAAAAACACCUCGACCAUCAAAGAAAAUGAAACAUCAUACGCAAUUUCCCAAACUAUCCAGGAAAAAGAAGAUAAAAGAGAAAGUACCGUUGUGACGGACGGGACGUUUGUAGACACAAAUGUCGCCAGACGACCUGCUGGCAGAAAUUAUGACGGUGGCUAUCAUCAACCCAGUCCGGUACACAUCGAUUUCAGUCCGAUCUUUUUGGCUAUCGUUCCAAUCGCGUUGUUCCUGGGCGCGGCUGCAGCUUUCGCGCUAGCCACAGCUUCUUCAUCAAGUUCUUCGGCAGCGGCGGCUGCCCAACAACAGCAACAACAACAAGAGGCGACUAAUAACAAUAACAAUGCCAACAAUGCCAACAACAACAACAACAACGCUAUUUUAGCAGCGCUGAUUGCAGCUUUCGUUCAGAAAGGCCAUUCAUCGAAGGGGCACAAGACCAUCAUCUACGCCUACAACGUGACUAAAGUUCACGAUCAUCACGACUGGCGUCGAUCGUACGGCGAUCCCUUCCAAUUCUCCUUGCCGCGAAUCAAACCGAUGAGCCAUUUGCAUCGCAUGCGCAAAUAUUCAAAAGUCGAACCUUAAAGAAUUUCACUUUUCUCUGUACAUUUAAACGUAUUUUUUUCCCGUCCAAUUUGGUUGGUAGAAAUGCUAUGUAGAGAAUAUUUAUAUUAUAAAAGAAAGAGUAUCUAACAAGAUGGUUGAAUAAAAACGAAAUAUUUAUUGUCGCAUGCCAA